AUGGCCUCCCCCCACCUCGUCCUGCACCUUGCCAUCCGUGUCCUUCGCUUCGCGCUCUCCUCCUCGUCCCGCGCUCGUCGUGAUCAUGAUGGUUUGAUCACCCUCGUCCACAACACCCAAGACCCUGAUGCGGCUCUAGUAUUCCUCGCGUCGAUGGGCUUUAAGCAGGGCACUGGCGCAGCCUGCCAGCGCGACGGCGACAUGGCGACAUGCCCGUCUUCUCUGUAUGAGGACGUGUGGGACGGUGGAGCGGCUCACGACGCUAUAGAAGGAUGGUUCAGAGACAUCAAGUACAUGCCAGACCUGUACGAACACCAGGUGAAGGCGUGCAAGAUGCUCGAGUCUGUCGAGACAAAUCUCAUCGACAGCACCGUCAAGCUGCGCAACAAGUGCGUGAAGGAGACGGUCGCGAAGAAAGCGGUCGAGAAAGGCAAGUCACUGUCAUCCGCUGUGGAUCCGUUGUCUGACAACAGCCACCUGAGGGACGCCAGCAUCGUGGACACGGAACGCGGCAACCUCAUGCGUACAAGCUUGUUCCACGUCGACUCCAUCAACUGGACGUGCGAGGGACUGCCAUCACCGCCGAAGAGCCCCGGCAACAACAGUGUGAGGUGUUGA